AUGGAAAUUCCAAAGAACCCUGUUUGCAGCAGGGCUGCUUUAUAUGCCAUCAUAGAAGAAGACCCUGCUGUCCCACAAUUUGUAUACGAGGCACUUGAACAUCGAUUAGUUGUUGCAGAAGCUGCUCAGAGGCUGAGACUUCCUUUAAUUUCAAAAGAUGGUGAGGUUCAUGAGGAAGAAAUAGAGAAAUGGAGUGGAUUUUCAAGUAAUUACAGAAACAUUAGCCCUGAAUCUGCAGUUGGUGGUGUUCCUAAUCGGUUUCUUGGAAUAACACCUGCUUAUUUAUGGCAAACUCAGUGGAUGUAUAAGGAUAAAUUAAUCAAAUUUAGGACAUAUCACAUAUGGUUUUACAUGGUUCUUCUACUAAUUUUCAGUUCACUGUUUUUUUUUUUUAAACUUAUUUAUCAUAGUGGACAUAAAGAAGACAUUCUGAACCCUAACAAAAAGGAUUUAACAAAGCUUCCUAGAAAUGUACCCUAUGUUUCUUCUGCUCUGUUCUUUACAUACAAUACGGCCCUGGGACCUCCUUAUCGAGUUUUGGUCGAUACCAACUUCAAUCUCAAAUCAAAGAUUAUCUGUCGUGUUGUUUAUACUCAGCUUUUGGCUGAACAAGAUACAUAUGAACUUUAUGCUCAAAUCACUCUAGUUCCAGAAGCAGAUCAAAGUGAUCCUACUAGUCUUGAUAAAUGCAUUGAUGACCCUUCAAAGGCAAGUAUCCACUCUUUCUGCAAAGUCUUAACAGCUUCAGACACAAGCAUUCAUGGUGGUUUUUCAGUGCUCAGAAAACACACAAAUGAAUGCCUACCUACAUUGGACAUGUCUCAGCCUACUCCUACUCAAGAACUUGUAGCUAAAGAUCUUCAUGGGACUGAUCAACCCAAUUGGAUUCACGCUUCUGAAAAAGGCGGAGUCACUCCAUCUGUUUAUUCACGAAAGGAACCGGUGGCAAACUAA